CGUCAGAUAACGGGAGGGAGCCAGGGAGGGCUCUUUGGAGAGGGGAUCUUGAUGAUAAUGAGAUAGCUAGACAGUUAGCAUUUUACCUUAUCAAAUUCUCUGACCUCGUCGUUGUAGCUACAGUAGAUACUAGCAUAGUGUGUCUCAUGAGUUUCCGUUGAAUUGAAUAGUUUAAAGGGCUUUCUCUAUACAACCAGCUAGUUUGCGCGCUAAAGGGAUGUCAAAGCGUCUGCGCAACAACAGAGACUGUCAGGUCUGCGCUGAUUGUAGCGCCCCGGGCCCAUGUUGGGGCUCAGUGAACAGGGGUGUGCUGGUCUGUGAUGAGUGCUGCAGCAUCCACCGGGGUCUGGGCCGACACAGUUCCCAAGUCCGACACCUGACCCAUACACCAUGGCCCCCCUCCCAGCUACAGAUGGUUCAGACAUUGUACAGCAAUGGGUCCAACUCCAUCUGGGAGCACUGCCUUCUGGAUCCCUCGUCUAUCUCGAGUGGGAAACGCAAGGCCAACCCCCAGGACAGAGUCCAUCCCCAUAAAAUGGAGUUCAUCAAGGCCAAAUAUCAGAUGCUGGCUUAUGUCCAUCGGAUGCCCUGUCGAGAGGAUGACAGUGUCACUACGAAGGACCUCAGUAAGCAACUCCACUCCAGUGUUCGGACUGGGAACCUGGAGACGUGCCUGAGACUGUUGUCUUUGGGAGCCCAGGCCAACUUCUUCCACCCGGAAAAAGGAAACACUCCACUGCAUGUAGCAGCUAAGGCAGGCCAGGUGUCACAGGCAGAGUUGCUGGCUGUGUAUGGGGCGGAUCCCGAUGCCCUAGACAUGGGGGGUAAGACCCCUAUUGACUACGCAAGACAAGCAGGGCACCAGGAGCUGGCAGACAGACUGGUAGAGAUCCAGUAUGAACUCACUGACUGCCUGGCAUUUUACCUCUGUGGGAGAAGGCCAGAUCAUAGAAACGGACAGCACUUCAUAAUUCCACAAAUGGCUGACAGCAGUCUGGAUUUGUCAGAAUUUGCAAAAGCUGCAAAGAAAAAACUCCAGUCUCUCACUAACCACCAGUUUGAAGAGCUUGCCAUGGACGUUUAUGAUGAAGUGGACAGAAGAGAAACUGAUGCAGUGUGGCUGGUGACUCAGAACCACGGCACCCUGGUAACAGACACAACUGUGGUGCCUUUCCUCCCUGUCAACCCUGAGUACUCAUCCACCAGAAACCAGGGCCGGCAGAAACUAGCGAGGUUCAACGCACAUGAAUUUGCAACACUCGUCAUUGAUAUAUUAACUGACGCCAAACGUCGGCAACGGGGGAACUCCUGUAAAAGUCCCAGAGAGGACAUAGAGCUCAUCCUGAAGGGAAUCAGCAGCCGUCAUGGGAGUGAUAACCAGGAUAAUGAAGACCAGCCAGAUUAUGACAGUGUGGCGUCUGAUGAAGAUCCGGAGCGGGAACCAGCCUCUGGGAAGAAUGGGAAAGAUGGCAGGACCAAGAGCUCAGAGUCGUCGGACUUGUCUGAUGGCCCCAUCACGUUACAUGAGUUCAUGGAGGUGAAGAGCGCCCUCACGGCCUCUGAGGCCAAGAUACAGCAGCUGCUCAAGGUCAACUGUCACCUGAGUGAGGAGCUCCAGUUGAUGCAGAGCAAGCUGAACUCCCUGCAGACUGAGAAGUCCUCCCUGAGAUGGCAGACACCCAGUGGCCAGCAGCACCCCCAGGACCUCUCCGGCCGCCCCCCUCUCCCCGGAGGCCGCCCCAUGUCCAUGUAUGAGACGGGCUCGGCCAUGAGGCAGUAUCCCCACAGGGGCGAGCCUCCUCGCCGUGACGACAGCCGCACCGUCCAGCCCCUCCCUACAAACAUUGGGAGGGGUCCUUUGGGGAACGCCUCGUCCUCCCUUCCUACCUUCCCCUCCUCCCUGUCCUGGUCGCGGGACGAGCGAGCUCGAAGGGGUUGUAGCCUGGAGGGACAGAGCCGCAUGCUGGAGAGUGACUAUGACAACACACCAAACCACACAGGACUGGAGGAGUCCGGUAUGGGCAGGAACAGCAGUUGGCUGGGGGACGGCAGUACAGCAGAGCAGGGGGAGGAUGGGACUGAGGCUGACUCCACCCUGCCCUGCACAGAGGACGUCAUCUGUAAGACGGAGCAGAUCACCAAGAAUAUUCAGGAGCUGCUGAGGGCCGCGCAGGAGAACAAACGUGAGAGCUUUGUACCAUGCUCAGAAAGGAUCCAUGUGGCUGUGAGAGAGAUGGCCAUCCUGUUUCCUAAGAGGCCAUGCUCAGACACAGUGCGAGGGUCCCUGCGGCUGCUCACCUCUAGUGCCAGCCGGCUCCAUGGGGAGUGCCAGAAGGCCACGCCCCACAACCCUUGCCCCUCUGACAUGCAGCUGGUCACGCAGCAGGUCAUCCAGUGUGCCUAUGACAUUGCCAAGGCUGCCAAGCAACUCGUCACUGUGACAACCAAAGAAAACAGCAACUGAUUUUUUUUUUAACCCAAGGACUAACAUCCCUCUUAGAUAUUUGAUAAUAUAUAUAUAUUAUCAGUACUAAUUUCAAGUUAGCGUUUAUCAGUGUUACCAUUGUUAUUUGUAUGCCACCAUUUUUAUUUAAAGUACUCAAUUGGUCUUAGUAAAUUUAUAGUGAAGAACGUUUACAGAAAGUGUACCUUGCGAAAUGUGGGUCACCCAAGGGAUUUGUCCAUCGGUUUGUCUGUUAGGCAGGUCAUCAUACUCUAUCAGUAUGAGUAUAUCUAUCUGGGAUUACCUCAAAAGGAGACAUUCACGUUACUAAACAGUUUUGCAACAUUACACAUUUAAACAGCCUUGGAUCAAUUUCAGGUGGCUGAACAUUUGUGGUUGCUGGGAGUGCUUGCUCUUGGUGCUCUCUGCUACGCAACAAGGACAGUUGGCUGUCCAAAGCUUUCAAACAGUUCGCUUUUAACUUCUUUAUUCAAGGCCAAACACAUUGGGAUCUUGAACAUAGUCAGAUCCAUAAUUAUUGGCACCCUUGAUAAUGAUGAACAAAAAAAUACUAAAAUAAAUACUUAUGACCAUAGCACUGCCUGGAGUUUGAUAAACGGCAUUGGCACUUGGAUUGGAACUAGUGCCAUUGUCAGAUGACAUACAAAUAGAGCUCUUUGGCCACGCACACCAGUGGUGGGUAUGGUGUUUAAAAAACAGAAAAGUACCUCAUACCUACGGUAAAAUAUUGUGGUGGAUCUUUGAUGUUAUGGGACUAUUUUGCUUCCACUUGUCCUGGGGCCCAUGUUAAGGUCAACAAUAAUCAUGAACUUUACCCAGUACUAGGGCAUUUUAGCCAAAAACCUGGUUGCCAAUGCCAGGAGGCUGACACUUGGCUGUAAGUGGAUCCUCCAGCAAAACAAUAACCCCAAGCACUGAUGAAAAUCCACGAAGAAAUUGUUAAUUGAUCACAAAAUCAACAUUUUCCAAUGGCCAUCUCAUUCUCCGGACUUGGACACCAGUGGUUUAAAUUGAAGAGGGCACUCCAUAACAGCACGAGGAAUGGUCUAAGAUCCCUCCCAACGUGUUCUCCAAUCUCAUAAUGCAUUUUAGCAAAAGGCUCAGUGUCUAUCCUCACAAGGGGAGGGCGAUAGACUAUUGAAAACAGGGGUGCCAAUAAUUUUGACCUAUUUAUUAUUUUUGAGCCAACAAUAUAGCUCAGUAUUUGUAUGUAUUUGAUACAGUAUUUUUUUAAAUCUUUAUCAAGGGUGACAAUUAUGGGCCUGAUUGUAGCUUAGUGGAAUACUGAGCCGUGAUGUGUCCAUUACAACGUUUUCCUCAAGGUAUUUUCCAUUAAUGCCAUUUUUAUGUUUCAUGUCAAAGCCAUAAAGGUGAGGACAACUGCCAAGUCAGUUUUCCAUUUUUUUAGUUUCUUUUCGUAAUUGUUUGAGCUCAAAAGGUAUAGCCAUACCUCCAAUGUAGCCAUACCUCACACACAUGCCCAAUAUCAAUUUUGUUUUAGUGUAGUGUGUAUCUUAAGACGUUUAUCCCAAAGGGAUACUCAAAACAGCCAACCCAAAAUCUAUCAUUUGUUUUGUAAAAAAAUGUACAAACCAUCUAUUCUGAAUUCAUACAACCCUUAUCUAUAUUCUAUGUAUUCAUACAAUCUCACACUUGACAAAUUGUCAACAUUCUAUUUUCUUAAAAUGUUUAACAGUUAAAGUUCCCUCCUAUAUAUUCUGUGCUGUUUUAAGGCAUGCAAGUUUUCAUAGUGGUGAUGUCUUCUAUACAGCGUUUGUAUUUCAAUAUAUCCACAGGCAAUCAGAUGUGCUUGUGAUCUGUCUCUCUCUGUGUGUGCGUGUGUGUGCUAAACACAGCCUAUGUGUGUGUGUGUGUGUGUGUGUGUGUGUGUCCCAUGAUUUACAUUGUCUUUAUUGUGCUGCUAGUGGUAAAACAUGUGCAUCUAAUAGGGUUUUAAGAUGUGUUAAAAGCAUUUGUCCUUUUUAUAUGUAUUAUGGGCCAUACAGUCAUGUGGGGGUCAUGUGUUGUCCAGGGAUGUAGGAGUGAGGAUCAAUUGUGUGCCAUUGCGUGUUAUGAGCCAGACAACAGUCAUACAGUUACUUACAUUGUGAUUGAAAUAAAGAACUGCCUUUUAAAGUAAUAAACUUGAAUUUAUAACUCGGA